UCGGUCGCCUCCGUGCUCGACUGGAGCUCCUUGAUUUCAUACCACAUGGCAUGACUGCACGAGAGUCGGCUGUGUUAUGAAGGAACAGACCGUCUAUUUAGCCUUAUAUUAGAUAUCCAUUGCUUGUGGUACACUAGAGAAAUAUAUACAAUUAACUAAAAAUGUCGCAGCUACAAGCGAGGUUCUUCACAGAGGACAAAAGGUAUUUAGUAGAUGAUGUCCCAUUCUCCAUCCCUGCCUCCUCUGAAGUGAGGGACCUCAGCAAUGUCAUCAACAAGCUGCUGGAGGCUAAAAAUGCAUCUCACAGCAAAGUGGAGUUCGACUUCCUGGUCAGGGGUCAGUUCCUGCGAAUGUCGCUGUCCAAUCACAUGGACAUAGAGGGCAUAUCAACGGAAGAUGUGGUGGAGAUAGAGUAUGUAGAGCGGAUCACAGCACCAGAGCCCGAGGAGUGCAUGAUGCACGAUGACUGGAUUAGCUCCGUGGAUGCAGAUGCUGAAUGGAUCCUAACAGGGUCAUAUGACAAGACAGCCAGGAUCUGGUCUGUAGAGGGCAAGGCAGUGAUGACGGUGGCCGGACACGCGGAUGUGGUGAAAGACGUAGCCUGGGUCAAAAGAGACGGCCUGAACUCUCUGCUGCUGACGGCUUCUCUGGACCAGACCAUCCUGCUGUGGGAGUGGAACUCCGAAAGGAACAAGGUGAAAGCCAGACACUGCUGCCGGGGACACACGGGGAGCGUUGACACCGUCGCGACAGACCCUACUGGCUCAAAGUUCUGCAGUGGCUCAUGGGACAAAAUGUUGAAGAUCUGGUCAGCAGUGCCCACGGACGAGGCAGACGAGGUGGAAGAACCCGCCGACAGACCGAGGAAGAAACAGAAGACUCAACAGCUCGGCCUAACCAGGACCCCACUGAUGACGUUAUCUGGACACAACGAGGCGGUGUCCUCUGUCCUGUGGUGCGACAGUGAGGAAGUUUGCAGUGCAUCAUGGGACCACACCAUCCGCGUGUGGGACGUAGAGACGGGAGGAAUGAAGACGACGCUGACGGGCAACAAAGUGUUUAACUGUAUUUCCUACUCGCCUCUGUGUCGACGGCUGGCCUCCGGCAGCACUGACCGACACAUCAGACUGUGGGACCCUCGCACCAGAGACGGGUCGCUGGUGCUGCUGUCUCUGACCUCCCACACCGGCUGGGUCACCGCCGUGAAGUGGGCGCCGUCACAUGAGCACCAGCUGGUCUCCGGAUCCCUCGACAACCUGGUCAAACUGUGGGACACCAGAAGCUGUAAGGCUCCUCUGUAUGACCUGGCGGCCCACGAGGACAAAGUGUUUUGUGUGGACUGGACAGAGAGCGGGCUGAUGUUGAGUGGAGGUGCAGAUAACAAACUGUACACCUACAGAUACUCGGCUUGCCCGACAGAUGCAGGGGCGUAAGCUGGACAGAGAUCCACCACAUACAAUAAAUAACAGAAUGAUGGACAUUAUCAGUGUUUUGACAGGAUGGACGAAAGCAGCAGCGACUUGGAAGUUCUGUACAGUGCAAAACGUUACUUGCUUUGUUCUUUACCGUUCUGGUUCUUUUUAGCCCCUCUCAAAUUUUACACAUAUUUUCUUAUGGAUUGUCUUUGUCUUCCUGUAACCCAAGAAAAGUAUAAAUUAAUUUUGUCUCCUAAAAUGUCUCCUUUUCAUGUUUUC